GUGAAUAUGUCAAUGUUAGUAAGGUACAUUCUGCAGAUCAUUGGCUCCCUUGUCUUCAUGUUUAUCUUGAAUGCUAAGCUGACAGGUGUCCUAUUGUCUGUUGUGCCAGUGGUGUCUCUUGGUGCCGUGCAAUAUGGAAAGUUUCUAAAGAAAAUGCGACAACAGUUUCAAGACCGCUUAGCAGAUGCAAGUACAACUGCAGAGGAGGCAAUCUCUAGUCUUAGGACUGUUAGGACGUUUGCUGGGGAGACUAAAGUUGUAGAUCAUUAUGAUGUGGAUGUUGAUAAAAGCUAUCAAGUUGGAAAGAAACUUGCUUUGGCCACAGGUGUAUUUGAGGGUGUAAUAGGGUGCCUGUCUUCUGGAGCUAUAUGUCUAGUACUGUGGUAUGGUGGAAAACUAGUUUUUGAAAAGGAACUUACUGCCGGUAUUCUCACUGCAUUCCUGCUUUAUACACUACAAGUUGCUAUAGGGUUUGGUCUCAUGUCAGCUUUGUAUGGGGAUUUCAUGCAAGCAGUUGGGGCCUCGGUAAGGAUAUUCCAAUUACUGGACAGACUCCCUGAUAUUCCAACAGAGGGAGGAAGCGUGUAUGACUGCCUGCAGGGAGAUCUUCAAUUUAAUGAUGUCAGAUUCACUUACCCAUCUAGGCCAGAGACAGAAGUGUUAAAGGGUGUGUCAUUUAAUGUAUCCAAGGGGAAGAUGGUUGCUCUAGUGGGGCCCUCUGGUGGAGGAAAGUCCACCAUUGUUAACCUGAUUGAACGAUUCUAUGACCCAAAUAGUGGAACCAUCCAAUUAGGUGGCAUGGACUUGAAGACCUUAGACCCUGUGUGGUUUAGGAAGCGAAUCUCAAUGGUUCAACAAGAACCUGUUCUAUUUGCUUGCUCUAUCAAAGACAACAUUGCAUAUGGCAAAGAGGCUACUUUAGAGGAAGUAAUUGAAGCUGCUAAACAAUCAAACGCUCAUGACUUCAUCAUGACAUUUGAGGAGGGUUAUGACACAUUGGUGGGGGAGAGGGGGGUGAGACUGUCAGGGGGUCAGAAACAAAGAGUUGCCAUAGCAAGGUCUUUAAUCAUGGACCCAGCUGUUUUGUUAUUAGAUGAGGCAACAAGUGCUCUCGAUGCAGAAAGUGAACAUUUAGUACAGGAAGCAAUAGACCGUGCCAUGAUGAAUAGAACUGUUGUCAUAAUAGCUCAUAGACUGUCUACUGUUCGCAGUGCGUCUCAGGUUAUUGUGAUAGACCAGGGCAAAAUAGCUGAACAAGGAACCCAUAGUGACCUACUUCAGAAAGGUGGCAUUUACAAAAAGCUUGUUCUACGACAGUUGAUUGCAGGUGAAGCCACUGCCAAAAUGUUUGAAAAUGAACUUGGAAACGGCAAUGAUGACAGUAAAACAAACAGUGAUGAGUUAAUACUUGAUGUUAAAAGUGCUCUUUCCGAUGGGAAUGACCACCCUGUUAUGAACUUAAGCAAUGGGGAUGUUGAUUAUAUGGCAAAUUCAAAUACCAAGCUGUGAGGAAAAAACAUUUUAGUAUAAUAUUUAUUUUCUGAAACAUGGAGACUACAGUACACAGAGAAAAGAUCCCAACUAUUACAUUUUGUAUCCAAAACCUUCUAUUUCUUUCUACAUAAUUGUGGAGGAAUGUAGAAUAUAUCUAGGGGUCAGGAUAGUCAUUUCUUUAUCUAUCCAGCUAUCACUGUAGUACUAAAUUAUGGAAAUUAUGAAAUAUGGAAUGCAGUAUUCCUAUUUUAUAUUUUUGUAAUGUUUAUUAUCUUUCACUUUUUAAGUCUUUGAAGUCCUCAUAAUCGUUUUUUAUCAACUUAUUGAGGUGCAACUUGAAUUUUGAUAGUAAGGCAUAUAUUUGCAAUAUUAUAGUUCCAUUAUUUAGCCUCUUAUUAGACCCUGGGUUUUAGACUAUGUUGUCAGAAAAUCCUGCCUUGGCCCAGCUUUUACAUUUUAGAUUAUUAAGUCCAUAUAUGCAAAUGUAUUGUUAUUAUAGGAUCUAUUGUUAUAUUAUUAUUGUAGAAUCUAUUGUUAGUUCAGUUUGACUAUUGGGAUUAAUACUAGAGUCUGUUGUUACAUGCAAUCAGUGCUCUAGAAAGUAAUUUUAAACGUUUAUAUGUUUUCGCAUGCGUUUAUUUUGUAAUUUUAAAUCAAGUGUAUUUAUAAGACAUCAAACACUGACAAUACCUCAUAUUUAUUACUCUUUUAGUUUCAUCAUAUAUAACUCUUAUUUUAAAGCACCGUUUCAUCAUUAAAAUCAUUAUACUAUGAAAAUGUGAAUCUUCACUUUAUAAUUACAGUAAUGUUAUUAGUGCACAGUUAUUAGUUAGGCCGUUUGUCUUUCAUACAGUCAUAUAAAUUCAAUAUGUUAUUCGUGUAAUAUGAAACAUUGUACUUUAUAUGUACCUCACUCAUUUGAAUAUGAACGUAAAUAAAGACGUAUUUGAAUUUGAAA